AGACCAGAGGCAAUUGUUUUUCAUCCACCAGAGCUUUAUUGCUACUGAAGGCAAAUGAGCAUAGUGGCCACAAAUCCAAUACAUUCAGGAUUGGCACUGUCCAUAAGAAAUCCAGUUGCAGCAGACUUACAAUAACUUAUAAUAAGACUAAACCUUAACACUAUAUAGUAUACAGAACACCACACCAGAAGGAAAAGAGACAGAAAGAGAAGGUGAAACCCAGGCUCCUUCUGGCCUAUUUUUAUAGUCAGCAUGACCUUGACAGAAGAGAUAAUAGAACCAGUUUAAGCCAGCUGCACUCAGCUUCUCUGAAGGAAUAACCCAAACAUCAUGAACCUUCUGCUUGUUCCUUUCACACAGAGAAGCUUCCAGAACCCUGUUAGAGUAGGAAAGAUCUCUACACAUCAGAUCAAUACUUUUUGCACUAAGAAAUGCAAACUGACAAGUGCUAGCCAUGGUUUGCAUUUCAGAAGAAGGCCACAGAUUUCCCCGGCCUACCCCUAAAGAGAAUGGCUUCUCAACUCAAUGGCUUCUCAACUCAUUCUUCACUGCGUGAAUGUGGAUUUUCGAUCCUCUCAAAACCCCAAACUCCCUCUAAAACAGAGGGUGGCUAACCCAUGGCCCUGGAUCCACAUGUUAUGGGACUCCAGCUCACAUCUGCCUUAACUAGCAGAGCCCAACGGUCAGGGGUUAUGGGAGUCGUAGUCCACCAGACACAUGGAGAGCCACAGGUGAGCUGCCUCUUCUCUAAAAUGCAAACCUUGGUGAUGUUGCCGUCUUUCCUGCUGCCCUGUCAUUCUUCACAAUCCUUGGCAAGAGCUCCCUUCCUCCUCCUUCCAGCAAAAAUGUCUUCCAUUAUUUAAGCCCCUACAUAAAUUAUUCAGGACUCCCUCGAAACCUUUACACGCUCCCUGAAACACCACGCCUGAUGGAAGCUCUGCAGCUGCCCAAACCCCACGCUAUGCAAUACGUAGGUGACCUGGGCAUAGGGUACUGGUAUUGAGCCAACAGAACCAUAUAAAGUGAUAGCAGCAGUACUAGCACUUCCCCAAAGGUGUGUGUGUGGGGGAAAACUGGUCAUGAUGGAUUACUUUUAUAUAAAAAGGUGGGGGUGCUUCAAUAAUUCCUGGCCAACUCCAAAGGCAGAUCCUUGGUGAGAGUCUGCCCAGGGUUUGCACAGUGCGCUGCAGUGUUGCAGCAGCAAGCACACCAGCUUGACAUGAACAGGCUCUUCCUAGUGACCCCACUUCUCAAAUGCUUAACCUGAUCCCACCGGGAUCAGAGUCAGUCUCCUGUAACUGUCCCUAAAAUACAUCGCAGUUUAUUUCGCUCCCCACAAAGUGCCUAUGGAAAUCUGAUUGCUCUCUUUUCAGAAACUACCCUAGUCCCUCUAAUGCAGAUUGAAAUCCUUCUCAAGAGGCUCUGCCCCGCAUGCUGUGCUGUUGUUCUGCACAAUACCUGAAUAUACAAACUGAAAUACAUAUUAAAUACCACACCAUGCAUUCACACCAAAGUUAGGAUCACCAGCUUUUUUCUGUUUUGUUUUCUCCAGCUCCUUUGCCUUUAACAACAGCCCCGACUACAUGCAUUAGCAGGUGAUGCUGCUGAUCAGUAUUCCAUUAAGAGAUUCCUCCACAUACAAGCGCAGGAAGGGCUCAGAGCCUGGAACUACUACCAGAUCUCUAGUCCGUGACAAUUUCAAGUAAAGGCAGCCUGCCAAUACCUUAUGUGUGUAAACAUGCUUACAUAAGUCCUUGCUGCACACUUUCCAGCAUCCUCUGCUGAGAUGUAACACUAAGACAAUUAAAUAUGGCUAGCUAGCCAUCCUUCCCCUCUCCAAUGCAUUGUUAUGUAUGGGGCAAAGAUUCCGACUGAUCCACGCUACUGAGUACAAAAUCAGGAGGUGGUGGUUAUUUUGGGUGAAUUGAUCCAGAGAGAGAGUGUGAGAGAGUGUGUGUGUGUCUGUGGUGAAAUAGCUGAAACCACACCAGCCCACACCCUCCCAUUCAGAAAAAAAUACUGCAUAAGGAUGGAGCUGGGAGUGGGAUAGACCAUUCUGCUGCAUAACAACAGGGGGAGGCUAGCUGCUUCUCCCCCUCCCCCUCCCCCGCCCAUUCCCCUUUUUCCAUUUGCAACUCUACUACCCAAGCCUUCGGUUCUCAGCUAGCAAGCUGCGCCCUCUGUGCUUUGCACAGCUCUUUUGACGAGAUGCUCUGAGCUGUGCUAAUGGUCUAUUUCCACCCCUCGCUCCCUCCUGUAGACCCCCCUAUUUCUUGAGGCGACAAUGGACUCUUCCCAAGCAGGUGGAUAGCAGACUCUAUAAAUAGGGGUGGGUAGGGGCAAGCAGAGGCUGCAUUGCAAAACAGCGCAGGAGGGGAGCGUGGGUUGCAUUUGCUCCGCUUAUACACGCGUUUGCACCCCCUUUGCUUGCUUUUGCACACCUAUUUGGGCUCUUGCUGGGAGCAAGGGAAGAGGCGCGUGUCCUCCUGUUAGAUUCAUGUUGCCCACGGAGGUCGGGGAAUUGCUGGUCUCGCAGGGGAUGGAAUUCUGGACCAGCCCUGCCUCUUACGACGAAGUCAACGGGAACACGGAGCUGGCUGAUAACGCGGACUUAAUAUCCCAGGAGCUGGAGGAGGUGCUCUGUUCUGAGCGGGUUAGCAGGAUCACUAAGACCUACCAUGAUAUAGAUGCUGUCACCAGCCUGCUGGAAGAGAAGGAGCAUGACCUGGAGCUAGCCGCCCGCAUCGGACAAUCGCUGCUGAAGCAGAACCGGAGCCUGUCGGAACGCAAUGAACUCUUGGAAGAACAGCUUGAAUUGGCAAAGGAAGAGAUAGCUCAGCUUCGCCAUGAGAUAUCAAUGCGGGACGACCUUCUGCACAUGUACACCAACAGCACAGAGGAGAGCGAGCCGACCUCUGCCACCUCCACUCCGUUGCGGAGGAAUGAAUCUGCCCUCUCUUUGCAGCAGUGUUUUCAGUAUGACACCCUACAGCAGAAGCUCAAAGGGCUGGAGGAGGAGAACCAGAAACUGCGGACAGAGGUCACAAGCAUUGCCACGGAAACCUCUCAAUAUGAGGAACAGGAGCAGAAGCUGAUGAUCGACUGCGUGGAGCAAUUUUCGGAUGCUAGUCGAGAAGUGGUCCUGCUCUCUGAGGAGCUGGCCCGCAAGACGGAGGAUACGGCACGGCAGCAGGAGGAGAUCAGCCAGCUGCUGGCGCAGAUUGUGGAGCUGCAGCAGAAGUGCCGCGCGUAUGGUUCAGAAGUGGAGGAGCUGCAGCAGCAUCUCGCUGCUGCCAAGGAGGUUCAGCAGCAGCUACGAACAGAGCUCCGAGACCUGCAGGAGAAAUAUGUGGAGUGCGGGGCAAUGUUGCACGAAGCCCAGGAGGAGAUGAAAAACCUCCGGAACCGUAGCCUCCCCAACAGCACCAUCCACCGUCACAGCUCCCCCACUUUUUUGCCCCUGGAUUCCCUGGCUGCAGAGAUCAAGGGCACCAUGAGAAAGAGCGUGGACAGCUCUGGUUCCUCGGAGUGCAAAGGUGUCCGGCGGGUCUUUGAGACUGUGAAGGCUGUGAACCAGGUGGUGAAAGCCAGAUCGCGGGUAGAGUCUCCCCUGAGCCUCCCUGUGCACUCUCCCAAAUUUUCCUCGCUGGGCUGCAGCCGCCUGAGCACCCCGCGCACCAGCUUCUACGGUUCAGACAGCCCCAUUGCCAGAGGCCUGGAGGGGCAGGACGGCCAUGCUUCUGAAGGGCCAGACGACGCGCGCCGGCGCGAGGCGGGCACGCCCGGCCGGCACGACUUGGAAGCUGCCGUCCGGUGCUUGUCGGCCCGGCAGGAGAGCCACGGCACCGAGCGCUCAUUCUUUGAGAUGGAGAGGGAAAGCAAGCUGCGGAGGCUGGCAAGGGACGCCGAGGACUCCAGCGGGAUCCUCACGCCCAACGAAAGCAUCACGUCCACCGGCACCAACUAUUCGGGCAGCUCUGGCGGUUCCGGUUUCUCUCUGGGCUCCUUCUCUUGUUUCCCCGAUAAGCUUCAAAUCAUCAAGCCUCUGGAAGGCUCCAUGACCCUCCACCACUGGCAGCAGCUAGCCCGGCCUCACCUGGCGGGGAUCCUGGACCCUCGGCCAGGUGUGCUCACCAAAGAUUUCCGGCAGCUUGACACAGACCUGGAGGAGGUCUACAACCUGAAUGACCUGGAAGAAGACGAUGUGGACGCAGGCUCCUUCCCGGCCCUUGCUACCUCGACACCUGCCAAGGCCAAAGAAAGGCCUAGUGUAUUUCACUCCGUUAACAAUCUGCCCCAGACCCCACCUACUUUCACCAUCACCACCUGUUGCAUCUCGCACCCUAGCAACGAGGUUACCAUGGUGACACCCAGUCUUUAUAAUACAGUUGUGCCCUCUUGUGGGUCCCGCACGGGGCUGAGCCCCCCUCACGCUCCCCAGCUCCCCCUGCAGGAAGAGCCCGGCUGUGAAGAGAAGCAGAAGGAGGACCCCCCUCUUGGACUAGUGACUCUGCUGACGGAGCAAGGCAUUUCUGCACAGAGCGGGGCGGGGGCAGCCUCGGCCUUGGCCUACUUCCCCAGAGGCUCUUGGCUGUCUCCUCCUUUGGGCUCCCUGUGGUGCUGCCGCUGGGGCGGCCUAGGGGAGUGGGCCUUGGGAUCGCCUUGGUUGCGGCAGAGGGGGGUGGAGGAGAAGGAGGACAAGCCCAGCAUCUUCAGCUUGAACCUGGUGGAGAAGCUGCAGCAGCUGGGGCUGGACAAGGUGGUAAGAAGAGGGGAAGCCUCAUACGCAGCUUCACACCUGCAGGGGCUUCAUCGGAGGAAGAGGUGUCUGUCGUGAGGACUCUGCAAUUUUGUGCUGCCCUCCGCUGGUGGGGCAUCUGUGAGACAGAGGGGGCUUCAUGCGGACUGCCUCCUGGACAAAGCCCAACUGUGAUCCUGAAGUUUGGGGUGUGGUUGGGGGGGAGGGACCCUGCAGGCUUUGCAGCAAACGGGGGGGUCUGCCAACCACAGUGCCCUGUCGCCAUUGUGUCCUCCACUUCCUGUGGAUCAGGAAAGUUGAGGAAUCAUUUUGAUGUCUACUCUUGCUGAUAAAUCUUUCCACAGCUUCCUUCUGCCUCCACCCUAGGAACCCUGGGAGUUGUGGUUCUGUGGGGCCCUUUUGCAAAGCUGCAAUCCCCAAUGUACUUUUGCUAUGAAGGCUUUGGGGCCUGGGCAAGAGGAAUGAGCCCUGUUCAUCGGAGCAGCUUCUAGGCUGAUAUCUUGCUGGCAUCAGGAGUGCCCCCUUUUCUGCCUUGGUGCAAUCCUUGACUCUCCUGUGAGUGCCCAGGAUGCAGAGUCAUCUUGGAUCGGAGCUAUGACGCUGCAGAGGGAAAGGGGCUAACUUUGGACGUCACAGCUGUGGGUCACAUCCUGGAGCUUAGGGAGGCUGAGCCUGGAAAGAGCUGGCCCAAAGUUCAAAAAGCACACAGCUCCAAGCUCAUCUUCACGGACCAUGACUCUCCCUGCUUUCUGCACUAUAGUCACUGCCUUCACUGCUAAUUCGCGUAAGAAAUGCACACCUCUUCUGUCUCUCUCUGUGUGUGUAGUACGUAAAGGCAAGUAGUGGUAUAGGCAGGACUUGUGGGAGUAAUAGGUUGGGCUGUUUGCAUGCAUGAUGGGCUUGAGAGGGGGUGUUUUUGUCCUUUACCUCUCCUGCCAACUUCAAUUUUCUUAGCCUCGGGCAAACGCAAUAGUUGGGUCUAUUCCUCAUCUGGAUCUGGUAAGGUUUUCUCCAUUAAAAGACACAGUCUCAGUUCAUUGAGGAAAAGGGACAAAGAAGGCUGACCGGGAUCCUGUUGUGCCCCCCCCCAACACUCCCCUAUGGACCCAUUUAGUGCCCCUUCCUUCUCCCACCUUAGCCACCCAGAGCUGGCUUUGUUCUCCCCACACCCUGAACUCUCCUUUUGGGGAGGCAAAGCUCUCCUCUCUUUCUUGUGUUGCUGAGGAUUUUCCUGCACUUCACUCUUCCCCUCCUCCUCCUCUCCACUGGAGUUUUUAAUAUUGCAUUGCCCCUGAAAUCUGCCUCGUGUCUGUUUCGUCCUUGCUGGAGCAGGGCAGCUCUGUUCAUCUUCCUUCAAAGCGUCUUCUAACAACAGUUAUGGUAAUUCUCAGACUUGGGCAGCUCUAUGGCUGGUUUCCACAGAUUGCUCUGUUGUGGGUCUCCCCCCCCCUUCAGUGGACGUCCGUAUUUUCCCAUUUAUAAAUGUUAACUUAAAGUCCCACACCCAUUCCUUGCACGCUCCUGUAUGUGUGCUGCACACCACUUUGCAUAGCCAGCCCCUCAUUUUGACACAUGUGUGUUCCUGUUAUGUUCCUGUAUCUCCUUUCAGUGAAAUAAACAUGGUGUUGCUGUUGCUCUGCUGUUGCCUCUCUCUUUCCUUCUCACCCACCUCUUCACGACAGCCUGGGCUUGGUUUUUGUAACCAGCUGACUCGCAUGGCAAAGCUUCUUUAAAGACCUAAACCUCUACAGGCAAUAGGGGUGAGUAACAGGGUAGUCAUCAAGGGAGCACGGAAUGAAUGAAGCUAUAGCAACGUUUCCCAAUGCCAAAUGAACUUGAGGGGCUCCAAUGCAAAGAAUGAAGGUGGCAACAUGCAGACACUGCGGGGAGCGAUUCUGCUUCUGCUUCACAUACGGUGGUGGUCAAAUGGAAAGUAAGGUUGUAUCUAACUUUCCUAACUUGUCAAUCAAUCCAUCAACCUCUGGUGGAUGAUUUAGGAUUGGGUCUGGCAUUACUUUUGCUGUGCAUGUGUGCCAGUAUCCAUACUUGGCAGAGUCACAUCUCAACGCAGCUCCUUCCUUGGAAGCGUCUUCAGGGUUGUUUAUUGACACACAGUAGACAAUAAACACUCAUGGACGCCAUAAAGAUUCAGUCAAGUGUAGAGGUUUACUUGACAAGCAUAAAAGCAUAUUGGUAGCAAAUAUAUACAGACAUUCACCACUGGUCGUGGUCAAGACAUGCUUAGAGUCCAACAAGAGUACAAGACACACUGCUUCCCUCACCGCAAGGCGCAAGCAAGAGAUUCACAACAAGUUGCACAGAACUAUUGUUAUCAGUACUUCCUGUCAGCCUGCGCAUGUCCAAAGAACAGUUCCCACAGGAGAAACGUCCUUGCAUAGACAAAACAAUCUCUGCCUUCUGCUGCUUCUUGAAACUUCUUCUCUGCUCUUCUGUGUUUCUGCAACAAUGGUUCUCUCACACACAUAGAGAAUAUCCAACAAUGGCUGUGUUUCUAUGCAGCCCUCGCUACCUUCAGCCAGUAGGUUUUGUUGAGUUUCAACAGGUUUUGUGCUGCCUCUUCACUUCCUUGUUUUAUAACUAUUUGGAGGAAGGGUGGGGACCCUGUGCCACUUCAGGCAUCGUACUCCCAUCAGCCCCAGCCAUCCUGGCCAGUGUUCAGGGAUGAUGGGGGAUGUAGUCCAGCAACAACUGGAGGACCACAGGUCCCCGAUUGGUGGGGAUAGCCUUAAAACGUUGCAUUAGGCUACCAUCUCAGAACUGGUAUCCUUCUCAUGGGGAAGCAAACCAAGUCGUGUAGGUUUUUUGCAGUCUCUGUGUGCAUCAUACAGAAACAGGACUGGGCUGUGGUCUCGUACAUACACACCAACUGGUGGAUAAAUCCUGCAGCUUUGGUCCAUUUCUGCUAGAGCAAUGUUUCUCAACCUUGGGUCUCUUGCUGUUGUUGGACUACAACUCCCAUCAUCCCUUAGCUAGCAGGACAAAUGGUCAGGGAUGAUGGGGAUUGUAAUCCAAAGACAGCUUUGAGAAACUGUGCUAGAGGCUGAGUGUCAACGUGUUUAGGGCUAUUCCUGGCCUAGAGGCAGUGGGAUAAGGGGCUGCAGUUGCAUGGGUUGUCCACUAGAGGUAGGAAUCGGCAAGUGGGAAAAGCAAGCAAAAGCGGGAAAUGGGAAGUGAAAUGGCUUCAUCUGACCACCAGGUGGCUGCAGAGAUUUGUGGCAAGCGCUGCCUGCAUUGUGGAAUGUUCCUUCCUUACUCAGUGGUACGUGAAUGUCCAGUCCAAAUGCUCAGAAGCCCCCUUGUUGGAUCCUACUGCAUGCAUUCCAGGUUGAGGUGUGUUUUAAAAUAACUGGUUUUAGAAUUCAGACCUGGGAAGUAUUGAUUCAAAUUAGGAACAAACUAGUACACUUCUGUACAUGUACAAGACAUUUGAGGAUCAGGCCAGCCUCCAUGCCCUGAGCCACUUGAAAUUGGUUUGUAGUAGAUGCAUGUUAACCCAACUUGAAUGCUGCUUGAUGCCUUGGGGCUGAGCAUGGGCAGAGACUGCAGAGAAGAGUCGGUUCCAGGAAGUUCUGUCCGUGGUGCUGAAUCUGUGAUGGUGCCUUCACAGUCACAAGUCAUUUCCUUCAUGUGGUUGAUUACGUAUAUCUUGCCUUUCGGCUCCCAUGCCUGUUCAGGGUGUGAAGCUGCCUGUUACUACUCCACAGUGCAUGGGAGAGGCCCAUACAGACUUAUCAUGCCAUGGUGGCUAUUUGUCGAGUGUUGAGUAUGGGCUCAAGACAUUUUGCUGGCUGAGCAAAGUGCGGUUUCCGCCCCCGACUCCAUUCCACCUACUGAACGAGAUGGACAGUCGACUCUUGGGUGAUGAGGUAGUGCCCUCCUUUACAAGGGUGCAUGUAGGACCCAUUGCUGUGUACACCAGCAGAGGGCAGGAGCUCACCAUUUCUGCCUGCCCCCUUAGGAUCUGCUGCCUGAAGCAGUUACCUCAUUCCACCUGAUGGUAGGGCUGGCCUUUCCCCACUGCCUGUUGUGCUACAGCAAGGGUGGCCAUCUUGGCCGACCCACGGCCACCUGCCAAUCACCUAACAUGUGUUAUAUAUGGGGCGGGCCAAACUGCAGUUUCACCAAACUGCGGGAGGCAGUGGAAGACAGGAGUGCCUGGCGUGCUAUGGUCCAUGGGGUCACAAAGAGCCGGACACAACUAAACAACAACAACAAUGGGGCAGGCAGCUACAAAAGCAUCUGCCCUGGAGUGGCUGACUGACAGGAAGGGAAUUACUCCCAUGGAAUGUUGCAGACAAAUAAACAACAACCCCUACCUGUCUCCUGAUGGGGACAUCUGGAGAAGGGCAUUAGGAGAUGAGCUGAAUACCUGAGCAGGCUGAAAUGGGAGCAGGCACCCCUUUAUGUACCUGUGUUCCAAAUGUUCAGUGUUUUAUAGGUAAGCAGGCUCUGCCCAGGAGAUACUGUAGACGUCAUAUCAGCCAAAGCUCUUAAAAAGCAUGCUAAAAUCUGCUUGGGCCUUGAGUGACAAAACUAGAUCUAGGAGCACACUCAAACUGCACAGCAUCCCCUUUCUGGGGAACUUCACCUGGAAUUAGGGAAUUGCUCAUCCACCGAGCCACCAUCUUGUCAGGAUUUAAUUUGUUGACUGGGCCACAUCCAGGCCAUUACUUUUUUAAAAAAAAUGUUUUAUUGAUUUGCACAUACAGUGGUACCUCGGGUUACAAACACUUCAGGUUACAAACUCCACUAACCCAGAAAUAGUACCUCAGGUUAAGAACUUUGCUUCAGGAUGAGAACAAAAAUUGUGCUCCAGUGGCCGCAGGAGGCCCCAUUAGCUAAAGUGGUGCUUCAGGUUAAGAACAGUUUCAGGUUAAGAACGGACCUCCGGAAUGAAUUAAGUCCUUAACCAGAGGUACCACUGUAAGCCCAAAGUUUAGAAAAGCAAAAUAAAUAAAUAUUAAUACUUCACUGAUGACCCCAAAGAACGGGAGACACCAAAAUGACAUGUUGGACUUUGGCAAACUUAAAUAGAUAGACCGUCCUGGAGAGGGGAAGUGGGUCUUUUUUGUACAGGUAAUUGUUGUUAUAUACUGGAAAUCAGUAAAACUGUCUUUUUGGGGGGAAAAGAAAUCUCCCAAAGUAUAAUACAACAUAUAACAAUAUAACAAAAAAGGUCAUAAGUAUAUUGUAUGGUUUUUGUAAUUGUCAAAGGAGUCAACAAACAAUAAAUAACAGUGUCCCCAGGUGUUUUGAAAAGAAUCACAUAUUCUAGCCUGCUACUGAUUUAGGGGACCAUUCAGCCCAUCCACUGCCUUGCUUGACUUACAGUGUCAUGCUAUAAAUACCUCCUCAGAAAUGGGGCCUAAUCCCAGAUAAGCAGGAGUGGGUUUAACAAGGAGAGACAGAGCUGGCUUGUCGUCAGCAUUCUGGUUGCACAUCACAUCUGGGCCUAGUUUUCAGUGUCCACCUGGCCCCUACUGAAUUGGCCGGGCAUGUCUUUUGAUGGAAAUCAGGCUGGUAUAAUUCCCAUCUGGAGAUCGUAAUUGUUAUGUGAAGAGGGCUUUUAGGUGAGAGUCCACCUGUUGAGUUUUGUUAUAUGGCCGGGUUAAAAAAAAAAAGUUGAAAGGCGAUUUGUAAUUAUCUUUCUUUAUGUGGGGGAGUAAAGGGGGGGACCCCCAAAAAAGUUUGUACCUUGAAACAUGCUUUAGGAAGGGCAAAUAAGGGUGUUUCAGAGACAAUUUUUACCGCAAAAAUCCUUUCAGUGCAGUUUCCCAGCAUACCUACCUGCCUCUUGGUAUAGCACACCCUCGGUACUUGUGGAUGCAAAGUCUCAAUUCUAGUGGCUAUUCAACCCCCCUUCCUUUUUCAAGCACAAUCUUGUCAGAGGGAUAAUUUCAUGGCUUGCCAGGGGUCACAAGCAGCUCUCCAUUCUGCCCGAGUUAAUUAGUGGACCCCAUGGCAGAAAGUGGCAAAAUCCAUCAGGUGACCUUGGCAAACGGAGGCAGUCGAAAGUUAAUGUUCCUGGCGCUCCCCUGAGAAUUUUAAUGAAGGUGGCCCCAAGUGGAGAAAUGGAGGGCAUCCGGUAAUAAUUGCCUCGGGGCCUCUGGCAGCUUUGGAACAGGCCGAUCCAAAGGUGUGAGGCUUUAUUGAUUACCAGUGAAGGGAUUUUUGUCUUGGGGUUCAACAGAAAGGACAGCGCGUCCAAGAAGGAAACAAUUUGGUCAUGUACAGAGCUUUCGCUCCCUCAGUCCGCUUCUGGCCUCGUCCGGAAGUUUCUUAAGCUAGGCCGGCCCUACCAUUUGGCGGGUGCUGCAGGUGCAGAGUAGCAACACAGUGUCAGAAAAUGCAACUGUUUGCUAUUCAGUGUGCCCUGCACCCCCUUAACUUUGACCUUGCUUCUAAUUUCCCACCUUUACCCACAAUGUUUUGCUUUUUUGGGUGUUCUUUGUUUUUAUUAUAACCAGUCUCUUUAGUAAUGUUGAGGUGGCCAAGAGGCUCUGGAAUUUGGGUUCUCCUUUCCCUCCGCUCAGCGUUUCUUUCCUUUGCCCCGGGACCUGGCAUCUCGGCUCUUGCUCCUCUUCCGCCUCCCCCAGGAGCAGGAUCUGAUGAGUGAGACAAUCCUGCUGGUCGUCCGGCUUGAACCUGCGGAGGAAACAGGAAAAGGAAGUAGACACAUGACUUCCUGGAGCACAAGAGUCUGCUCCAGUGUGCAGGCAAACAAGGAAGUAAAAGAGAUGGCAGGAUCAGGCAGGCAGGGUUAGGAGCCUGAGUUGAAAAAGAGAGACCCAUUAACUUAAACUGGGUUAAUAGCCAUUUCCUCCUCUUAGAGAAAUAUGGGAAUUGUAGUUCUGUGAUAGAGAGGAGGGAUAGUGUAGGCCUAAUCCAGGGAUGGGAAACUUGCAGCCUUCCAGAUGUUGUUGGUCUCCAACACCCAUCAUCUCAGGCCAGCAAGGCCUAGUGAGUAGAGAUGUCAGGAGCUGGGGGCCACCAACAUCAUCUGCAUGUGAGAAGGUCUGAGCUGGUUGCUCCAAGCUCAGAAUGCAUGGCUUUAACAAGCCAUUCUUGUGUUCCUAUACCACUUGGCUUCUGAAACUAAGCCAGGCUUUCCUGCCUAUGCAAUAUUUUCUGAAUGCUGUGUGGAAAAGCACAUGAAUCUGACCUUCGGAGAGUCUGUAAGUAAACCAUUUUAACUUACCAAACGUGUGGUCUUUUUCUAUGCUGGGGAAGAGGAGACUAUUUUGGAACUCACAAGGGCAUAUAUUAAAGGUCCAACAGUCUAUAUUUCCACGUUUUCCUAGUUUCAUAUUUUGUGACUUUAAAUCUCUGCUGGGGUUCUCCCACCAAAUAAUAAUGGCCCCAAGCCGAGAUCUAGGCACCCAAUGAAUUCCCCUUCUAUACCUAUUUUUCUCUUGUCAACAACAGGUAGGGCAUAAGGCAGGAGGCCGACAGUAGGGGGAGCUAGAGCCAAUGAUGGG